GAAUUGUUGAGCGAGCGUCAUUCUUUUCUCGUAGACAGUCGAACAAUAUGCUGUUCAACAACGAUGUCUGCGAUUUGGAUGAAGUUAAAGACAAACUUUACAAGAGUUCAAUGUUCGGAUGGUCCUGGUCGAGGGAAAGAAGGGAACCUUACCGACACACAGCUAUCGUGCUACGUUUCAAUAAAAUUCCAUGUUUCACAAUAAAUUUCCGUCCGAGAAAAGGAUCUGGAAAAUUUGAAGCGGCUUUCAGCGAAUGUGGGUCAGCGAUAACAAUUGAACGCAUCAACAACCCACUGAACAACAACGUUGAAUAUUUUGCACCUUUUAAAGAGUUUGAAAUUCAGUCAGAACAUUUAAAGACACAAGCAUUUGGAAUUAUAAAGCUGAUACUUUCGUAUGAUCCCGGAAAAUAUAAUUUAGUAACAAAUAACUGCCGACACCAUGUCGAUGGCGUUAAGAAAUACGUUGCAAGCCAUGUGGACGAGCUGAAGGACAACGACUAUAACAAUGCUAUGGUCAGCACCAAAAACGGCGAUGUAAAUCGUUUUAUGGGUGCUGCUUUUACUGCGUUUGCCGCUGUUGGAGGUGUGGUAGUGGCGGCAGCUGCAAUAACUUCAGCUAUUUUUGGUAGUAAAGAAGAAGAAGAUGAAGAAAAUCAAAAAGUAAAAGCAUAGCAGUUUCCCACGUUUCUAUUUGUUUAUUUAUUUAUUUCAAAUGUACGUAAAUAUAUGUAUAUAGGAUAUAAAUAGUGUUUUUAAAUAUCUAUGCAGCUUAAUUUGAUGAAAUUGGCUGACUCAUGUGAAAAAUUGGUGUCAUCACCAACAUUGACCAUUAUAUAUAUAAAGAACUUAUUUAAACAAACGCGACUACACACUACACUAGACUACACUCUACAUAGUCGAACUAACCAACUAUUCGAGUAACCACCUUAUUAAGCCAACAAAAUCAGUAGAUGAAAUUUGUCCGUGAUUGAAUUGAAUAUACUGUAAUCAGUGAAGGAAUUUAGAAAUACUUG